AUGUCCCAGUACAAUCCCUUAUCCCAUGGGAUAUUGAAAGAGCUUGGCAAACUUGCAGAGUUGAAACAAAGGGGUCUGAUUCUUGACCGUCACUUCGAGACAUUCAAAGCACACGUGAAGGCGGGCAACUCCGUUGCGAAGGAGCGAUGGGACGCCAUCGAGAGCGCGUGGGGGCUGAAGCAGAACGGUGUCUUCGACGAAGAAGAGUGCGUCACGCAGAUUGACGGCGGAACGCAGGGUAUUACCAGCAGCACCCGCCUGUCCUCUUCAUCCCAGCAAGAUGCCGGCAGCGCGCGAGGUGUUGCACCGCCGACUCAGCACCCACCACCUGCUGCUGCAGGUACCGCGAGGAGAAAGGCCGUGGAUCGCGGGAAGCAAGCUAGGGAGAGAGCUGCCAAAGGCACUUUAGGCGGCAACAUCUGCAACGCGUUCGCGAUUGGCAGUCGAGGACCGGUGCCCAAGCAAGUGGAGGAUUGUCGAAUUCUCGUCAACUGCGUAAGCUGGCAAGAGCCAACUCCGGUGCAAAUACUCCGGGAAGUUGUGCCUUUUUCAGACAGCUUUCGGCUCUCCACGGAGAUUGAGCGGACUCGCGGGGGAGUGAAAGAGCUCAUAUCCGGUAUAAGCUUCCCACCUCCGACCCCGGAGUCCCGCCGAUCUUGCCCGCACUGUCGCAUGACCUUCGUGAACGAGCAAGGCCUUGGGAUCCACGUGAGAACGCAGCACAGCAGUGCAAAGAUGUCCAACGACGUGCGGCUGCGGCGCAUGUUACGGAAGGAUGUCGGAGGGAGUGUCCUGCCGUGGGAAGCAGCCGGGCCUGGGCGUUGUUGGCACGUGAAGUUCGAUCAUGCGACGGGGACGGCUUCGUUUGUCCUCCAGCGGAAGCGCUUUCUCGAUCUCGACUUGGAUAGCGACGGCUUUAUGGACCGCAAACCCAAGGACUCUCGUGGGGCUCCCAAGCGCAGGCGAUACGACUUCAGGUUCAAAGUCCACGCGGUCAACCAGCUGCGCAUCCUCCAGGACAACGCCGAAGACCUCUGGAAGGAGGAGCAGCGCACGCGUUUUCAGCGAUACGACUUCAGGUUCAAAGUCCACGCGGUCAACCAGCUGCGCAUCCUCCAGGACAACGCCGAAGACCUCUGGAAGGAGGAGCAGCGCACGCGUUUUCAGUACUUGGAGGAUCGUCUCAAGAUUCCCUACAGCAAUAUAGUGAAGUGGGCCAAGAACGAUAAGGAAUUGGUCGCGGCGGCAGCCGAUGACGUAAAGAAGAGCCUCCUCGCCAAACAGCAGCCUGAGGCAGAGAAGCGACUGUACAAGGGGUUCGUGGAGCGGCGGAAGAGCAACCUGAAGGUGUCGACCCUGUGGCUGACGAUCACGUUCCGGAAGCUCGUGCAAGAGAUGUACCCCGGGGAUCAACGAGCGGCGUACUUCCGCGCAUCCUUCAAGUGGGGGCGAAAAUGGGCCAAGAGGCAUAACCUGCCCAAAAGACGCCGGACCAACCUCAAGAACAAGUCUGUCGAAGAGCGACUUCCAAAGAUCCAGCGCUUCCACCGGCUGUUUCGCAAGCUCCUGCAAGAGCCCGUGGGGUACAGGGCGCCCGAUGAGUCCGACGUGUCGGCAGUCACGACGGUCGCGGAGAGAGAGUCCAGGGUUCCCAAAUACGGUCAAUUCCAGCUCUGGGAGCGUUGGAAUGUAGAUCAAGUGUCUUUGGCAUUCGUGAACGGGCUGCUCGACACGUGGGACAAGAGAGGUGCGUUCCGCGUAGCAAUCUCGCUGCCCUUUCCUGGCCUAGAGAAAAGGCACUGCACGAUGCAAGUCAUCUUUGGUCCGGGUGAGAAGACCAUGCGCACUUCGGUGAUUUUCCGAGGUACGGGAAAGAGGAUCUCGCCGGUGGAGAAGGGAGCGUAUCACGAGGAAUAGGGAGGUCUUUCUCCAGGAGA